CUUGACUGGAGAUCUGCCACCAGUGAAUUCAUCAUCUAAGAUGGGGCUCACGCCGAUGCCCUCAGCUUUGACCUUUGACCUUGUUGGAAAAUGCUCGGUCACCAAAGCCAGAGCGGCUGUCCUACGACUGCCCCACGGCCCAGUUGAAUUGCCUUUAUUUAUGCCUGUCGCGACCCAGGCUUCGCUCAAAGGAUUGACACCAGAGCAACUCGAAGAGACUGGAUGUCGAUUAUGUCUCAACAAUACCUACCACCUGUUUGUCAGCCCACACGACCAGAAGAUCCCUCACCUCUAACAUUCAGAGCAUAGUGGUUUACGACCAGGUCAGGCUACAUUGGAUUCUAUAGGAGGGGCCCAUAAGCUCCAGUCUUGGCCAUAUAAUAUCCUUACUGGUAAUGAUUCCAAAUGGUCUCUUUGCUCAAGCUGGCCAAGGUGACGGAAGAGGGCGUACGAUUCU